AUGAAAGUUGGAUGUUUAAUCUGGAAUGGCAUUGCCAAUGGUGUACAGAAGAAACCUCUUGUUACUUGGGUUCAUAAAAAAAUUCAGCAAUAUAUUGCAAAUUAUUUCAUGGUUACUAAUGGAAAGACACAAAUGCAGGGUAUAUUGACAAAUGAAACAAAGUGCCUGAGGCGUGAGAUUGUCAAAGUUAGAGACGAGAGUCACGAGACAUUGUUCGAUUUAAGUCUUGAUAUAGAUCAGAAGAGCUCCAUCCAAGCAUUUUACGUUGAAAUUGAAUCUGGGCAUAAUACCCUGUUCGACCUGAUCUUGGCUGCUAAUUACCUGGACAUCAAGAGUUGGCUGGACUUAAACUACCAAACCGUAGCCGAUAUGAUCAAAGGAAAAACCCCGGAGGAGAUCAGGAAGAUCUUCCAUAUCAAGAACGACUUCACCGAGGAAGAGGAGGCGGAGAUUAGGAAGGAGAACCAGUGGGCCUUUGAAUGA